AUGGUGGUUGCGGGCGCGAAAGAGGACACCAAGGCCGACAGUCUGAAACUUUUUACCAGGGAGGAAGUGUCGAAGCAUAAUGCAAAGUCUUCCACAUGGUUGACUCUAGACAAUAAAGUGUACGACGUGACAGCAUUUUUGGAAGAGCAUCCAGGAGGAAUCGAGGUUCUUUUGGAAAAUGCCGGCAGAGACGCGACCAUCGAAUUCGAAGACAUCGGUCAUUCCAGCGAUGCCCGAGAAAUCCGUGAACAUUAUCUCAUUGGUGCCAUUGUACCGGUCAGUAGUUUGAUUUUAGGUUACUUUUAG